UUUUCGUUCCUCCCCUCGCUCUGCUCUCUUCUCUUCCAGAUCGCUCCUCAAGAACACCGCCCACAAAAAGAAUAAAAGCCCUAAUCGUGAUCAAAUUAGAAGCAGCAAGAUCCCUCCUUUCCUCUCCCAUAACCAUCGCCAUGGCAACAUCAGCAAACCCAUCAAAAACACCAAUCAAAACCCUGUCCUAUUGCGAGAACGCCGAUCCCAAUCUCCCAAUCCCUAGAACUCCUUCUCAAAAGCCCACAAGGACUCCAUUGAUGAAAUCCUCAUCAAAGCCCAAGAAACCCAUUUCAACUCCCGCCCGAAUCCAGUCACCACCUCCUCCUCCUCCUCAACAACAACAUCAACAGCAGAGGAAGUUCAUUGUCGCCAAGAAGAAGAAGAACCCAAGAAAUACUAGUGAAAAAAUCAAUGAUUUUGAUCCCCAGAAAGCCGCUUACGAGGCCCUCAGAGCAUCACAAGACAACUUCUUUAAGAAAGAUUGUGGCGAAUCAAAGGAUGAAACUGAGAAGAUUGAGGGGAAGGGAGAGAAAUCUGAGACUCGAGAUGUUGAGAGGAUGAAGAGUUUAGUGAUGGAGGAAGCUCUGAGAGAUAUACCGGAGCCCGGAUCAGGAAGGGUGAAGCAUUUGGUCAAGGCUUUUGAGAAUCUGCUCUCAAUUUCAGAUGAGAAUGAGGGGGAAAAGAGUGAGAGAAGAAGAUUUAAGGAGAUUGAUUGGGCUUUGCCAGGAUUGCGAGAACCAUUGAUGAUGAAGAGGCUAGAGAGUGAAGAUGGUGAAGGCGGUUCUUGUCGUGUUUGCUCUUCUUUGGAGUUUGUCAGAGAUUCGAGGUUGUGUUCGUCGUUUGACAGUAAUGGUGAUAGUAGGCUUAGCUUUGGGAGUAGGACAUCGAAUGGCAGCAGGAGGAGCAGACGCAAUAGUUUGGAUUCAUCAAGAAGGAGUUGGAAUAAGAAGCUGAAGGUGACAAGUCAACAGCCGUUCAAACUGAGGACUGAGCAAAGAGGGAGGGUUAAAGAAGAAAAUUUUAUCAUGAAAGUUAAGGAGAUGCUUACAGUGGAAGAGAAGAAACGUAUACCAAUUGCUCAAGGCCUUCCAUGGACUACAGAUGAACCAGAGUGCUUGGUGAAACCUCCCGUGAAAGAAAGGACGGAGCCAAUUGAUCUGGUUCUCCACAGUGAUGUACGUGCAGUGGAGAGAUCAGAAUUCGAUCAAUACGUUGCUGAGAGAUUGAAUUUCAUUGAGCAACUAAAACUGGAAAGAGAGAGACAGCAGCAGCUAGAAGAAGAAGAGGAGAUAAAGAGGCUCAGAAGGGAGCUGGUGCCAAAAGCGCAGCCAAUGCCUUAUUUUGAUCGUCCCUUUGUACCAAAAAAGUCUACGAGGCCUCGUACUGUCCCAAAGGAGCCUAGAUUUCAUGCUCGUCCAAUGAAGUCAUCAUGUGUAUCGCUGUUUGGAAGAUGAUGAAGGGUGUUGUUAAUCUCGAGGAACAUCUGAAAUCUUUGUUAGAAUUCUUUUUUAUUGAAGAUGAGGCAUUGAAAGGAUUAUGUGCAUAUGCAAUUUGAAUUUGGAAUUUUCAAACAUUGAAUUUUUCUGACAUGGUUUCCCAAAGCGGUGGUGGUUUUUAUGAGUGGGAAACCAUUCUGGAGUGAAGUCAGUUUUGCAGUUUCAUGUAUCAUUUGAUGAGCUGUAACCUUAUGUAUCAAUUUGAUGGUUUUCAUGAGUGAAAACGCUGUUGAAAAUGAAAACUCUUGAAUAAACUUCAAUGUACGAUGAUGAGCAGAGAAUAACAUGCUUUUAAAUGAUUAGAAUA